CUGGAUGCUUCGUCGCCCUCCCCCUCUCCCUCACUCCCUCCCUCCCUCACGAUUUGCAGCGAAGGCUCGUUGUUUUGCCGCGAGGCCGGAGAGAUGCCGGGCAUCGAGAAGCUGCCGAUCGAGGAAACUCUGGAAGACAGCCCGCAGACACGUUCACUGCUGGGAGUGUUUGAAGAAGAUGCUGCUGCAGUCUCAAAUUACACCAGCCAACUUUAUAAUGCCAUGAAGCGGAUUUACAAUGCACAGAAUGAAUUGAGCACAGCAACACAUCUAACUUCCAAAUUACUCAAGGAAUACAAACAGCAGCAAUUCCCCCUUGGUGGUGAUGAUGAGGUCAUGACCUCCACCUUACAGCAGUUUGCACAAGUGAUAGAUGAACUCAGUUCCUGCCACGCUGUACUCUCAACACAACUAGCUGAUGCCAUGAUGUUCCCCAUUACACAGUUUAAGGAAAAAGAUCUAAAAGAAAUGUUGACCCUAAAUGAAGUCUUUGCUAUAGCUAGUCAUGAUCAUGAUCUGGCUAUUAACAAAUACAGUAGACUAUCCAAACGGAGGGAAAAUGAAAAGAUAAAAAUGGAAAUAACUGAAGACUUGUACACAUCCAGAAAGAAGCAGCACCAGACCAUGAUGCACUACUUUUGUGCCCUGAACACAUUACAGUACAAGAAAAAGAUUGCACUUCUAGAACCUCUCCUAGGCUAUAUGCAAGCUCAGAUAAACUUCUUUAAGAUGGGUUCUGAGCACAUGACCCAACAACUGGAAGAAUUUCUGACAAAUAUUGGCACUAGUGUGCAGGGCGUUCGAAGGGAAAUGGAGACUGAACAGGAAAUAAUGCAUCAGACUAUUCAGGACCUGGAAGUAGCCAGCGAUUGUUUGUAUCUUCCUGAUCCAGAUACUAAAAUAUUCAAUGUUAACAGAAAUCUAACUAGAAAAACUGGAUAUAUGAAUACAAGAAAUAAAACUCGGUUGGUAUCUUCUACCUGGGAAAGACAUUAUUACUUCACCCAAGGUGGGAACUUGAUGCGGCAGGCUCGAGGGGAUGUUGCAGGAGGUCUUGUCAUGGACUUGGACAACUGCACUGUUAUGGCGGUAGAUUGUGACGACCGAAGAUAUUGCUUUCAAAUUACUGCCUUUGAUGGGAAAAAAGCUGUUAUUGUACAAGCAGAGAGUAAAAAAGAGUGUGAAGAGUGGAUUACAACAAUCAAUAACAUUUCCAAACGAAUCUACCUCAGUGAGAACCCAGAAGAAUUGGCUGCUCGAGUAAACCAGACUGCUCUGGAGGCCGUUACACCCUCUCCUUCAUUUCAACAGCGGCAUGAUGGCUUAAGGCCUACAGUUCACAACAGACCUCGCCCAUCACGGACAAAUAGUUCCAGCUCUCUUGGAUCGGAAUCACCUGCCCUUUCUGCAAUUUCAUUGGAUUCAAUAGUUGCCCCAGAUACACCCAUUCAGUUUGAUAUAAUUUCUCCUGUCAGUGAGGAACUGUCUAACCUAGCAAAGACUUCAGGACAAUGUACCAGAAGAACAAAUCCAUUUGGAGAGUCUGGAGAAUCAAAAUCACAGGACUCUGAAGAAUCCAUUCUUCAUCAGUUAUUCAUUGUGAGAUUCCUUGGUUCAAUGGAAGUAAAAACAGAUGAAACCUCGGAUGUUAUUUAUGAAACAAUGCGUCAGAUCCUUGCAGCCCGUGCUAUACACAACAUCUUUCGGAUGACUGAAUCACAUUUACUAGUGACUUGUGACAGUUUGAAGUUAAUUGACCCUCAGACUCAAGUCACACGCUUAAGAUUCCCUUUACAAAAUGUGGUUCUUUGUGCAACCCACAAAGAGAAUAAACGACUAUUUGGGUUUGUGCUGCAUACAGGAGGAAACAGAGUAGAAGGACGCCCAGUCUCGGUUUGCUACGUGUUUGAAUCAAACAAUGAAGGAGAAAAGAUCUGUGAUUCCGUUGGAUUGGCGAAACAAAUUGCCCUCCAUUCAGAAAUGGAUCGACGAACCACAGAUAAACAGAAGGAACUUGACCGAGAGAAACAAAGACAACUGAAGGAACUUAAUAAGCAAAAACAAAUCGAGAAGGAUCUAGAAGAACAAAGCCGUCUAAUAGCUGCUUCUAGUCGGUCAAACCAGACUUGUGGCGAAGGCCAGUUUCUGACAUUGGGUAACAAUGGCCAAUCAGAAGACCAAGCAGAAGACAGUGACACAGGGGAUGAUGGAAAGAAAAAAAAGGAAUCUGAAGCCUGAAGUGGUGAGAUUGAAGAUGAUAACAUCAGCUUGCAUGGCCCACACAUAAUAAUAUCAUUGUAAUAGUGAGAAGAUAGAGAGUCCUAUAAAACUUAAUUUGUAAAUGUGAUUCUGAAAAACUAAGCUGCAAGUUUUCAAAAUACUAAGACACUUGUCUCAUAUUAUCUGCUGUAAAAUGAAACAAUAUUAGGUUUUAUUCUGAACGGCAGAUGGUUGCUAGUUAAUUGGUCUCCAUAUCUUUGCCUUUAAUUUGAAACAUAUAAUUUUUUUUGAAAGUAAAGGACAAUGUAUUCUAUAUUUUAUACAUUACAGCUUUGUGUAAUGUGUGCUUGCAGAGAUAAAAUGUAAUUCUUUAUCAUUUUUAAUCAGUGGAGAUCUCUAUAUCGUACAUAAAAUCACAAAGAAAGCAGCUACUGCUUUGUGUAAACAAAUAAAAUUUCUGCACAAAUACUUCACAAUUUAGUAAUUAGCUAUGAUCUACUUAAGAAAUGAAUUUUAAGAUUGCACAGUUGUCUUUUGUACAGGUAAUGAAAUCCAAGUAAUUGAUUUACACUACAGUGACAUGCUUCCUGUUGAACACAGUUUAUAAGCCUCAGUCUGACACACUAUUGUAGAUUGGAGAUAGUUAACAGCGUAGUACAUAGAUUGAUGCGUCUGGAAUUAUUGAACAGAAUUUAUAAAAAUGUUAUUAGCCAAUCUAUUAUGUAACAUUUGAUUUCAAUUUUAUGAAGUCAAGGUUGAACACAAUUUGAAUUGUUCACAGAGAAUUAAGCCACCCUUAAAGAUACAAGAUUAACCCUUGUGCCAGAUUCACUAUAUUGUGUUAAAUAUAAUUUACGUUAUAAACUUAAUUUUAGACCGAGUUAUUAGCGGUACCAUUUAUUUAGAAAUUGCUAAAUCUUUUAGGAACAUUGAAAUGCUUUGUUUCUCUAGAUGUCGCAUAUUAUUCUUAAUACUUUUCAGAGAAUAUCUUUUACAGUUGUGAAUCAAGUGAGGAACAAGAAACUUUUAAGUAAUUUGGUUGAGCUUCAAUGUAAUUGUGCCUCAACAUUCUCACACUGCUCUUCCAUAUAUAGUGUUUAACUGAAGCAGUGACAGAUAACUCUGAAAUUUUUUUUCGUGUAUAUGGUGUGGUAUUCUGAGCUUUUAGUCGAUUAUUUUCUUUUUGCAUUUUGUAAAAUUGCUAUCAAUAAGGUAGGUUGAUUUUAUUUGAUAUUGCUACAACACUUGCCUGUAACCAAAUGCAUGUUCCUUGUAUUAAGGUCCAAAUGGCUCAUUUUGUCAUGUACUAUGGAACUACUUUUAAGAUUUUAAAUGUAAAAGAAUUAUGUCUUCUUUUCCAUUACCUGGCAAUACAGUAACUGUAAAAUUGUCACUUUCUACAUUCACUCUUAACUGGCUUAACUAUGGAGUUUAAUUUGAUUAUUAGUGCGUUAUGCAAAAUUUACAGAAUUAAACCAAAAUAAUACAAGAUUGUUUGUUUUAAAAUACAAACAUAGACUCUGUAUUCAUUUAAGGGAAAAACUUGCAAAGUAAACACAAACCAUUGCACUUUGUUUUAGAAUAUGGCACAUAAUUGUAAAAUUAGCCAGUGAGGAUUUUGUAUAAACUUCAAACUGUUAAAAAGAGAUCUAUUUUAAAAUUCCAAAAUUCUUUUUCAAAAAACUUUUUUUUCUUGGUGAGUUUAAAAUCAACAAAUUGGGAAAUAGUGUCCAUUAAGACUAAAUGAUCAAAAGAUUUCUAUUAAAACCAGUGGAAAAAAGAUUGUAAGCAAUUAAACUGGAUCAAUGCCUUCUUUUAGACUUUCUUACUAUAUAUUACUAAAUGGUUAGAAAAAUCUAGUGUACGUUUAAUUAUCCCCAAUAACUUGUUUAUGCGAUAAAAUUUUCUAAAGGUCCACAUUUUGUACAAUGAAGUGUACAUAGAGCAAAAGUUAAUAAAAAAAACAGUUGAUUUGUGUGCGUGUUUUUUUUAGACAAAUUAGGUACCGUAUUACUGCUGGAAAUUUAGAAGUUAGCUUUGCAACUAAAGUAAGACACUUCCUCCAGCUAUGUAAUUUCAUUCAGUGAGGAGCUGAACUACACAGUCUCCAGCGAUUUCAAAGUUAUGAACUAGUUAGUUCAAAAUUAGCUAUUUUUGAAUAACAGAAGCAUUUCAAUUGGCUUCAUACUUAAGUUAUGGAGGGGAAAUUGAUAUUCCUGCUUCUGAUUACCACUUGAC